AUGCCCUCCGCACGAUUGUUGACUUAUGCUCAAAGGGCGGAAAAUCAUCAUAAUCCCGCGGCGAAAGCCCUACUUGAGACAAUCGGACGAAAGAAGAGCAACCUAUGCGUCAGCGUAGAUGUCACAAAGCAGGCCGAUUUCCUCAGAAUCAUAGAUGUUGUGGGCCCUUAUAUUUGCCUCGUGAAGACCCAUGUCGAUGUGAUAGAGGAUUUCGAAUUUUCCAUGAUUGACCGUCUCAAAGAGCUGAGCGCAAAGCACGAUUUCCUUAUUUUUGAAGAUAGAAAAUUUGCGGACAUCGGAAACACUGUCGCUCUCCAAUAUUCUAGUGGGGUUUAUAAAAUUUCGAGUUGGUCGCAUAUCACCAACGCGCAUCCCAUCCCCGGCCCCGGGAUUAUCACGGGUCUUUCUUCUAUUGGAACACCUCUCGGACGAGGGCUGAUCCUCCUCGCAGAAAUGAGCAGCAAAGGCACCCUUGCGAGUGGCGCGUACACAUCGCAGGCGGUUCAGAUGGCCCGUGCCCACCGAGAUUUUGUGAUCGGCUUCAUCGCCAUGCGCCGAAUGGAUGGCGUUGGCGCAGAAGGCCUGGAUUCGACAGAUCUUGCCAAUGAGGAUUUCUUAAUUCUCACUCCUGGUGUGGGAUUGGAUGCCAAGGGCGAUAGUAUGGGCCAGCAGUAUCGAACUCCUCGGGAGGUCGUCUUGGAGAGUGGAUGCGAUGUGAUCAUUGUGGGCCGGGGUAUUUAUGGGAAAGGGAACGACGCGGAUAUACAGGCCCAAGCAGAAAGGUAUAGGAAGGAAGGCUGGGCGGCUUAUGAAGAGAGGAUCUCCGUUCAAGCUUCAUGA